AUGACGUCGCGAUCGAAGGAGAAGGUUGCAGCUGCUUUCCGUAAGCUGUUCCGCUCUCCGGAGAAACUGGACAACGAUGGCGCAGGACCAAGCGGCUCGCCAGCAAGGCGAGGGAUUCUUCGCAGACAUCGGGAUGGUGUGAGCCCAGCGGAGGCUGCAGCCAGUCUGCCGGCUAGUCCUGCAGCUACGACCCUUGUUAAGAAGAAGGCAGGAGGAGCUUCUGAAGUUAGAGAGCGCGCAGCAGCAGUACGAACACGUAGGCUGAUGAAAGAAUUGAAAGAAAUACAGCGGCUACAGAACAGUCGAACUGAUCCUGCCUUCACGGUGGAACUCGUGAACGAUAACCUGUUUGAGUGGCAUGUUCGACUGCAUCAAAUAGACCCGGAAAGCGAAUUGGCAAGUGACUUGCGCGAACUACACAUUUCAAACAUACUCUUGCAUCUCAUUUUCCCGGAGAAUUUCCCUUUCGCGCCGCCUUUUAUGCGGGUCAUCGAACCUAGAAUAGAGAAAGGAUUCGUAAUGGAAGGAGGUGCAAUAUGCAUGGAGCUGUUGACACCACGCGGCUGGGCCUCCGCAUAUACAGUAGAAGCUGUAGUGAUGCAGUUCGCGGCGUCAGUGGUAAAGGGUCAGGGCCGAGUGGCGCGAGCGCCGCCAAGGCCUUCUUGCGAAUUCAGCCGACGACGCGCUGAAGAAGCAUUCCGAUCUGUUGUCAAAACACAUGACAAGUAUGGUUGGGUCACACCGGCACUCUCCGACGGUUGA